GACAACAGUCGCUUCAUGAGGUGAGUGAUAAAAACGCCACAGGACAACGGCAAUCAUGUAUUCUGAAUGUAGCGAGCAAGACGCGAACGCACAGCUUACAUAGAAAAAAAAAACACACAAUAUAUAAAACUUUUUUCCGCCUGUAAAUAACGAAACAGUAUCUACCUCAAAUUUUGAUUUAAGAACUUUUCCAUAGAUAGAACAUUUUCUCUAAAAACGUUUGCACGAAAUACUUAUCUAUGUUAUAAAAAAAAAAGUUCACUCUCUAGUUACGGGUUUUAGAAUUAAGUACCGAAAGUUAUAUCGCUUUUAAAUAAGAACAAUGUGUGGUGUGGUCCUAUUCAAAGUCAUCAUAAUGCUAAGUGCACUUACAUUAAUUACUGAGGCUCAAUACUCCAGAAAGGAUAAUAUGGAUGCGCCAGUGCCGAAACUAAUAACUGCAAAUGGAUACCCAGUGGAGAAGCAUAGAGUUACAACAGAGGAUGGCUACCACAUACAGAUGCACAGGAUACCUUCUGGAAGAAGGACGGCCAGAAGGACUGUCGGGUCCGGAGGGAAGGGCAAGCGGGCUGUCCUAAUGGUUCACGGACUUGUUGGAAGCAGCGGGGACUUUGUCAUCAUGGGACCGAAGAAUAGCUUGUCAUACAUCUUAGCGGACGCCGGGUACGACGUGUGGCUUGGAAACUUAAGGGGCAACAUAUACACUAGUCAUCAGAAUCUCACAAGGAAUGAUCCUGCAUUUUGGGAUUACAGUUUUCACGAGCACGGGAAGUACGACGCCCCCGCUAUGAUCGACAAGGUCUUGAAGGUGACGGGACUAUCGAAGAUCUUAUACAUAGGCUACUCCAUGGGCACCACGACAUUUUUCACCAUGAUGUCGCAGAAACCAGAGUACAAUGAUAAGUUGAUCGCGUUCGUGGCAUUGGCACCCGCCGUGUAUGUAGAUAACAUGAAAGACAUAGCAACGUUCUUCUUGAAAUCCAUGGAUAUAAUUACAACGCUGCGUCAAAGAGGCAUGCUGGCGCUAGGAUUUAAACAGGACGUGAUGGAUUUCGUCGCUGAAAGUUUCUGCACUGCUAGGAACCCAGAAUCAGAUGUCUGUAUGAGAAUAAUGUACUCCAUAGUAGGGGAAGACUACGAGCAACAUGAUUGGGAUAUGACACCAAUAUUUAUAGCAAGAGCACAGCCGGCGUCUUGGAAACAACUGGAACAUUUCGGGAAAAUUGCCAUGACAAGGUAUACUCCGAUUGGCGGCAGAACUAAACGAAACUGGCGUACUUCACUCUAUAAAGGGGUGCAACUGGCCAAAGUUCAACCACCUAGAUUUCGUUUUCGCAAAAGACGUCGGCAAAUUGGUGAACAGACCGCUGGUCGGUCAUAUAGACGAACUACACAAUAAAUAUUAUGUACAAUGACUUAUUAUUUGUUAUUAAAAAAAAGAAUCCCAGUACAGUGCGAC